GAAGCAGUAUUGAUUCUAGUUUCAGUCAAAUAAUGACAUUUUUCAUGUUGGAAGAGACUUCUUCUGAGAAUUGUUCAUCAGUUUGGGCCGAAUUUUGGAAUAAGAAUAAGUGUGUCACUAAUAAAACUAGGCAAAAAAAGCAGUCAACGAGAUAAUAAAAAUCAAAUAUACGAUAAAAAAAAGUUCCCGACAUGAACAAAGCAUUUUUUCUCGUCACAGAUGUCGACGUUGUCGACGGAUCCCACCAACUUGUCCACCGUCUCUCCGACCCAAACUUGAACACGACGGUGUACGCUCUGGUGCCGGAUUUUCAAACGUUGCGAAACUACCGUGGUGAAUUUCCUCACACGAACUUUAUCUAUUUGGACUUGAACAAGAGUGUGAACGUGAAUAAAGAAGUGUUAUCCUGCCUGCCUGAAUUGGACUGCAUUUUAAACUAUUCGGGGGACACGUUGUCAAAUUCGUUGCAUCGCGUGAGGGGAAUUCAUGUUUCAAAGACGACUUGCUUCGACGCCGACGAAGUUUCACUCACCACAAUUUACGAGGUAUUGGAAGCCCAUAAGAAAAAAAUUGGCACUGUGAUCAUAAACGUGCGGAAAAAGGUGAUAACACUCGAAAUAUUGACAAAAACUAUAUUGUCAAAUAAUAACGACCGCUAUGACUGCUCUGGCGCCGAAGCGUUGGCCAAACUCGUCAAAAAAGAAAAGAUCCGUCGUUCCCAGGAAAACUUCGAGGCCAAACUUUACUUCCGUCCAGGUCGUAAAUUCGUCCUACCGACCUCAUCUCGAUCCCCAUCCCCGCAACCCCCACUGCUUUUCAUGGAACGAUCCUCCCCCUCACCACCACGACCACCCUCCAGCUCAGCCCUGCUGGACCCCGUCCGUCUCAUGAAUAUGGGACCCCUCUUCCUCCAAGAGACGCAACCUCUCAUCCCCCCAAAAUUUCCCGGAAAAUGCACCAUUUUCUCGUCCAUCUUCUCGUCCAUGUUCUGCUGCUGCUGUUUUAAACGCUGCUUCCCCCCAAAAAUGGACCCCGUAACGCCCCGAUUUCGAUACGAACAGGAAAUCCGAGCCUACACCAGGGGCGAACAACAGCUCGUUCUCCGCCGCAAGUUGAACCGAGUCCUCGACAAUGCGGAAGUCGAAUGGUAUCGAGUCAUGUCGCGGGUCGAUAGUGACGAAGUUCUCAGGAUUGAAGAGCUCUCGGUGCAGCAUAGGGAAAAAAAGAGGAAGGCUGAGGAAGAGGAGAGAGCCAAGAAUCCUGUCGCCCCCAGGAAGAAACCUGACCUUCAACUGACCCCCAGAACGAGUUGGACAUCCGGCCCGAUCUGCGCCUACUCGCCGCACAAGAAGAAAAUGGUGUGCAACAAGAGGGUCACCUUCGUGUGGGACGAAGACCGCGAUUUUCACGAGCGUGCUGACGAAAUCAGGAGAGAAAUGAAGUACGAAAAGCAGGUCAAAGAGGCGGAACACUACUCUUUGUGGGUGCAUCGCCAGAUAAGCACGUUGAGAGGGACGAAGGACAAAUAUUUGGCGAAGUAUGAUAAAUACUAUUUCCAAACGUUCCGAAAACCUCCACCGUUCGAGUGAAGUCGGGCUAAAUAGUUUAGAAAAGUUAGUACAAAUAAUAAUAAUAAUUUUUUAAAUUAGUGGUCAUUUCAGAAAUUUCGUAUUUUUUUUAUUUACUGUUCUUAGACCAAAUCAUUGUAUCGUUUUUAUAAGAUUUUUUAAUAAUAAACCACAAGUCGUCGUUGGUUGAAAUGUCGCCUUGUUCUUGUUUCUGA